AAGGCAGAAGAGGAAAUGCCGUACCACGCCAGUGCAUUUCCCACAAAAACAAAUCUCUUUUCUUGGCCGCAACGGAAUGCAGAGAGAGAUUGCAUUCAGGCUAAACAGUUGAACAAGAAGGAGGCAGAACUCCAGCAACUCUCUGCCUUCUACAAAGAGCAGCUGCUGCUACUGGAGAAGAAGAAUAUGGACUUCUACCAGCAAGCAGCUGAUCAGUACAACCAGGCUGCAGACAAAGCUGAAGCUCAUAUUCAGCCACGGCAUGUACUUCCCAUCUGCCCUGGGUUGCAGUCUCAGGUGCUGAACUGCUAUAAGGAGAACCAACACCAGACCCUACUCUGCUCCAGUCUGGCCAAAGAGUACAUGAACUGCAUCAACACUGCAAAAAAGAACACAAUGGUCAACCACGGAUGAGGAAGAGGAAGACCAACGUCCAGCACUACUUUUUCUUCAUGAUCGCCCGGACUCAAAACUCCAGAUACCACUUUUACUCCAGUGUUCGUGCGUGUGUGUGUGUUUUGAGAGAGUGGUUGUGUGUCUGCAUCGUAAACACACUGCUGUCGUUGUCAGGGUGCGCCUUGACGCAGGCAGACGUUGGCACCUCUCUUAUUUCAUGUUUAUUUUAUACAUUUUAAGCUGCUGUCAUUUGGGUGUCGCACAGAUAUGCUAAUCAGGUUUUUUUAAAUAAGAACUGUGCCAGCUUCUGCCAAGUGCAAGUACGCUACCAGCUUGAGUAAUCAGCCCGUGUGUUUACGCUGUCAGUACGUGUGUGUGUGUUUGUGUGUGUGCGUAUCUGUGAGUGUGUGUGUGUGUGUGUGUGUGGUUUGAUUAGACCAUGUUGAAGUGAAGAGUGUUAUCAUGACUUGCCAUCUGCCUCCAUCUUGGGGCUUUUUUGUUUUUGGGUGAGGAGCCUCGGUGGCUGUUGGCUCGUGUGUUUUCACAAAUUAAGAAGAAAUAAAAAUUCCGUCCAACAGAAA